AUGCAGCUAGCAGUAGCGUUAACCCUGCAGUUGUGCAUUAGCCGCGCGAUACAGCACUCUCCGGCCUCUUGGGGGCACUACGAUGUCUGCAAAUCACAACUUUACACAGAUGAUAGACUCGUGUGGCAUUACAUGGCGUGCCAGCCAGAAUCCACUGACAUGACCAAGUACGUAAGGGUGAAUCUGGAGCCGGAGAACAUCACAUGUGGAGACCCACCAGAGAUCUACUGCGCUUUGGAGAACCCAUACAUGUGCAAUAACGAAUGUGACGCCGCUACAGAGGAACUCGCUCACCCUCCUGAGCUCAUGUUCGACCUGGAGGGUCGAAACCCAACGACAUUUUGGCAGUCGACCACAUGGAAAAAGUUUCCCAAACCUCUGCAGGUGAACAUCACGCUGUCAUGGGACAAAACCAUCGAGCUGACUGAUGACAUUGUGAUCACGUUCGAAUCGGGUCGACCCGAGCAGAUGAUCCUGGAGAAGUCUCUGGACUACGGGAGAACGUGGCAGCUGUACCAGCUCUACGCCACCGACUGCCUGGACGCCUUCACCAUGGAGCCCAGGUCAGUGCAUGAGAUUUCCCAACGUAAGCUGAUGGACAUCAUCUGCACCGAAGAUUAUUCCCGAGGUUACGUCUGGAAAUACGACAAAACAGUGCGAUUCGAGAUCAAAGAUCGCUUCGCGCUGUUCGCUGGGCCUCGACUUCACAACAUGGCGUCUUUAUACGGACAGUUAGAUACCACAAGAGACCUGAAGGACUUUUUUACACUCACAGAUUUACGCAUCAGACUUUUACGGCCCGCGACAGGAGCCACGACGGUGGAUGAGGACAAUCUCUCCAGAUACUUCUACGCCAUUUCAGACAUCAAAGUCCAAGGCAGGUGUAAGUGUAAUCUCCAUGCCAACUCGUGUGUGUUUGAUAAAGGGAAGCUGAGCUGUGAGUGUGAACACAACACAACGGGACCCGACUGUUCACGCUGUAAAAAACACUAUCAGGGCCGAGCAUGGAGCCCGGGGUCAUACUUGCCCAUUCCCAAGGGCACGGCUAACGUGUGUCGGCCGAACAUCUCAUCUCUCGGAGUCGCGAAUCGAAAUCAAGCUCGAGUGUGUGACGACGUGCUGCUGCGCUGUCAGAACGGAGGAGUGUGUGUUCAGCACCAGCGCUGUCGCUGUCCUUCGGGAUUUUCCGGAGUUUUGUGUGAAAUGGAGCGAUGCCGCGGUGGCCAGUCCUGUGAGGAGCUCCGAUCAGGACGUGACUGUCUCCGUCUCUCAUCUCUGCCACUCUUUCAUUCACUCGCUCUCUCGCUCUCAUCUCUCUUCUGCAUCUGA